GCUGAGCUUCAUGUACACCGGCCGCGACUCCUUCCUCUGCUUCAAUCGCUGUGCGACAUCGCGCCCGCUAACGCCGCCGCUACAGUGGACAUGAUAUUGGUGGGCUCCGCUGGCAGACGGGCAGGGGGGCAGGUGCCCUACCUGUAAGUGGAUCACAGACUCACCAUGUCUGCUCCUGAAGUUUCCAAUGCAGGACCAACUCUGCUGCACCCCAACACCAGGACUUUAACACUACGUGGAAUCAGGGGACAUGCAGCAGAAGAAAGCAGCCAGGGAGCAGUGUCAGACUGUAAGAAAAUGCACACCUCCCUUAACAAAGUGACUGCCUGCUACCGCCAACUGGUGCUGUGUGUUGGAGGCACGUCCGACUGUACUCGACUGAGGGAGGAAUUGGAGGAGAGCAGGAAAAAGGCAUUUGAUCUGAGCACUGAUCUGAGGAACAUGCUGAUGGUCUUAUUAAUGAAUGAGGGGAUUAGCCAAGAAGACCGUGUCAAGCUGGAACGAAUUUGGGUUCUCUUCCUCUCAACACUUGAGUUCUUCCAGCAGGAUCUGUGCAAAGCCCACCACCUUUGCCAGCUUUUUCCGCUGCAUGGACGACGCAAGAGACUAGUAAACACAGGGGUGAUUGGCAAGACCUCAGAGGUGGCCUACAGGGCUAGGAACAUUAAAUCUCCCAGCAGUAGCAGAAUGCAGGAGAACCAGCAGCGAACAGAGAGACCCUGCUCUCCAGACCUCGCUGGGCAGAUCGAACACAUGGAGAGGAUGUUACAUGACAUGCAGAUGAAAGUCAGUAUCCCUAUCUGGACUGUGGAGGCCACAGAGGAGGCCUGGGCAGAAGUCGCUUCCACUUGUGAUUUAGAUGAGUGCUCAGACAAUGAGAUCCUGGCAGGAGAGGACAUUACCAGCAGGGGUUGCUGUGCUCAUGGCCAGUCUCUGCCCAGGCCUCUUUGUAUGGUCUCAUAACAUAUCAUGCAUUGCUUACAACACUGCAGUAAAUGUCUUUAAUGAGGGUGGAAGCAAUAAGUGAGUCAAAAACAGCAAUCUACUCAUGAUGUUAUAUCCUCUGAUGUCUUCAAUUGUGAUGUGGUCUGACCUCAGGAUGCCUCUAUAUCCGUCUGUCCUGUACUUAUAUGAAAGAAUCAUAGACCAAAGAGUUCAGGAAGCUACUACAGUAGUCAAAAUACAGCAUGCACAUUAUUCAGCUAACCUACGGACUGCUGCUGAAACCAUUACCAUAUUUAUGAAGUUGUGGUGGAUGAAGGGGGUUGUGCUGUAGAAGGGAAAUUAUAAAUAAAUUAUCCACAGGUAUCUGACACUCUU